AUGUUCAACGACAUCCCAGUGCCUGAGAGAGCUGCUGUUCAUUCAGCCGGCUCAGACAAAUCUUGGACUCCAACUUCAUGGAUGACCAAGAAGAUUAUCAUCCAGGAGGUUCAAUAUAGGGACCCCAAGGCCCUUCAUGACGUUUGUAAUACGAUCGCAAAUUUGCCGCCUCUGAUCACUCCAGAGGAAAUUGAGGCUGCUCGAAGCCAGUUCGCAGCAGCAGCACUCGGAAAGGCAUUUGUUCUGCAGGGGGGUGACUGCGCAGAGAGCUUCAAUGAUGUACGACCUCAAAUCGUCAACCAGAAGGUCAGGCUUCUCGAGGAGCAGUCCCAUAUACUGGCCCACGGGCUGAACAGAUCGGUGGCCACGGUUGGGAGAAUUGCUGGUCAAUAUGCUAAGCCACGUUCAUCUCUAUGGGAAACACUUCCCGAUGGAACAGAAGUCCCUACGUUCAGGGGACAUAAUGUCAACGGAUCGGAAAUAUCGGAGCGCCAGCCUGACCCUCACCGACUGCUGCUUGGAUACUUCCACUCCCAAGCGACUCUCAAUCUUAUGCGGGGACCAGAUGCGCUUUCGACACCACCCAUGGCUUCUUUUCCAGCGACUCCGGCUGAUGGCGAAGAAGGGGCUGCAAUGAGACCCAAUGCGGGAACUAUUUAUACUUCGCACGAGGCCCUUCACCUGCCCCUCGAGAGUGCUUCAACAGAGGGUCGCUACAAUACCUCCGCUGCAUUUAUCUGGAUUGGCGAGAGGACUCGGCAGCUAGAUGGCGGCCAUGUCGAAUACGUUCGUGGGCUUCGAAACCCCAUCGGGAUCAAGAUCGGACCUAGCAUGACAGGAGAAACCUUGGUAGAGUUGCUGGACCGCAUCUGCCCCAAUGCUCAUGACGAUGAGCAUAUUGGCCGCAUCACCAUCAUUACUAGACUGGGUGCGGACAAGGUUGAGAGCGUUCUUCCUCCUCUUAUCCAGGCUGUUCGCAAAUCCGGCCACAGGCCCCUAUGGAUGUGUGAUCCAUGUCAUGGCAACACCUGCAGUGCCAACUCGGGACACAAGACACGCCAUGUUAGUCGGAUCCUGCAAGAAGCAACAACGUGUUACCGAGUUCACAAGGAGAAUAGCUCAACCCUUGGAGGCCUGCAUCUCGAACAAACCGGAGAGUUUGUGACCGAGUGCGUUGACGGCUCUGAAAUGGGCUCAGAGGAGAAACUCGGUACGAACUAUCGAAGCCUAUGUGAUCCACGACUGUCGUAUCUCCAGGGCUUGACAGUGGUUCGCGAGUUCGUGGACUUCGCGCAACACAUAGAUGCAAAGUAUCAAACAGCCGCAGACAACGGUAUCUAA